AUGGAGAUACACACCCUGUCUCAAUCUUGCCUAUUCAAGGCUCCCUUUGAAGGUUUGGAGACUACUGGCUUUACUAGGGUUGCAGCUAACUGUUGCUCAAAAACGUUCUCCAGUGGCCUCAUGGGCUACCAAGAAGAGCUCUUGAUAGAAAAGGUUUGUGAGAUCUAUGACAAACUCUCGAGGUUAGAAAACCUCAAUCCUUCCAAGCAAGUUAAUUCUCUCCUCACCCAACUUGUACGCACAUGUAUGAGCCAAUGCCACAUUGACAUUACCAAAUUGAGCGAAAGAGUUCAACUUAUGAGGUGUAAGUUAAUUAAGCUCUGUGGGAAAGGUGAGGGCCUCUUGGAAAGCUAUUUCGCUACCUAUUCCCAUGGGCAAGCAACAAGAGCUCUUGAUAAAAAAAAGGUUUGUGAGAUCCAUGGCAAAAUUUCAAGGUUAGAAAACCUCAAUCCUUCCAAGCAGGUUGACUCGCUCUUCUCCCAACUUGUAACCACAUGUAAAAACCAGCGUCAUAUUGACGCGACCAAAUUGAGUGAGGGAGUCCAAGAAAUUAGUAGUCUAAUUAAUCUUUGUGGGAAAGCUGAGGGGCUCUUGGAAAGCCAUUUCUCUAACCUCAUAGGAUCUCAUGAGAACCCACUUGACAAUAUCAGGCUCUUACCUUACCAUUCCAAUUAUCUCAAACUCAGCCAAUUACAGUUUUCCAUGCUUAGACAAAAUUGCCCUCAGGUUCCUAAACGUAUGAGCUAUGACAAAGACCCCUCAGCAAAUUCCAAAGCCCUUAACUUAGUUUCAUCAAAUUUAGAAUUGUUCAAACGAAUGGCUUUCCACACUGCAGAUAUUAUGAAUGUGUCAAGCAGCUUAAAACAAUAUGAAGUCAUCCUGGCGCCUCUGGUGGGUGUGAACAAAGAAGAGAAGGUAAAGGUCAUUAACCACUUGGCUAAGCACAUGUCUCCUGGAGCUUUACUGUUGCUAAGGAGUGCACACGGAAGCUUGGGCAUUCCUAGACCUUGCAGUAGAUCCUAG